AUGACAACGAAAAUUCUCAACCCGCUUACUUUGAUUUUAAUAUUUAUCGGCAAUCUUCUCAAGUCCCUUAUCUUCUUGUAUGAAAAAUUUGGCGACUUCCUAUCCGAAGACGAACCAUAUUUUGAACUCAUCGUGGUAGAUGACUAUGAAGAAGACGAGAUUAGCGUGACCUCAAACGACAAAGAAGUUGAUUUUAUUUUAGAUGAAAAGAUGGAAGAAGAAUUCUUCUUACCAUUUAACGACUACAGUGACGAUGAACAUUAUGCAGAAAAUGAUGAAAAAACAGCGCAAGAAAGCGAGAAGGCACUAUCCACAACUGAAUCUCUAUUGUCUACCGAAGUUAAAUCUUCACCUGUUAUUAAUACUCUACUAUUAAAUGACGAAAAGAUCAACUAUAUCUCUUCAGCAAAUAUUAGUCCUCCAACUGUUCACACAACAAAUCCGAAAAUAUUCUCUUUCUUAUACCCCACAUCAAUUCCCAUCGUCAAAGGGUUACAAAUAAUAGAAAACGCAAGUUCAAUAACACCUGUGUCAUCUUUAUUCGACAAAAAUUCAGAUAAAAAAAAUUAUUCAGACAAAAUGCAUCACAUUGAUAACAGUUAUGUCGUUAAAGAGAGCGACAAUUGCUUUGAUAAUUAUUAUGAAAGUAUCGAAUCCAAUAAGAGACGUAAAAUCAACACUUCCGAAAGAGAUGGCGAAAAGAAGAGCGACAUCAAUAUGGAAAUUUCUAUAUCAUAUAUGAAGGAAAGUUCACUAGAAAACGCUGUUGAAGAUAUUAAUAGUGAAGAUGAACAAGAAUACUACACGAAAAUUUCGCGAAAAACAACAGCCACACCAUUUUCGAGAAAAAUGACGACAAUCGAAGACACAGAUAGCGAUGACGAAUUUGCUACUAAUUUCAUAUUUUACUCACCGUCCACUAAAAUUUCGACGGAAUCUCCUGAAUCACAAAUCAAAAGCUCAAAGUGCUCACAACCUCAAGAAUCAGAAAUUGUUGAAGAUACGCAAAACGAACAAGAGACACCAUUAAAAUCAAAAAUCGCGAAAUGGUUCUUAUUAUUUUGUUUAUUUAUGGAAUCUUUGUAUUUUUCCGAGACUGGAUAUAGUAGGUUUGCGGGUAAAAUAAAUUUGAUAAUAUGUGUGAUGAUGUGUUACAUGUGUAUUGGAGAAUUCUUGGAGAAACAAGGAAAAUGGAAAAGAAAAAGAAACGAUUCAUUUGUCCAGGAAUUGCUACUGUCACUGACAUACCUAGCGAUGAUUAAGAAGUUUACCAAGAAGAUUACGAGAUGGGUGAUCGAUGAAGAAGCAGAAGCACGUGAUGUGAAUAAUGAGAGAAUACAUAAAAAUAGCGGAAAGAAUCAAAAAGAUGAUGACAUCAAGAGAAAAGUUGUGUCUCGAGGAGACGACAGAAGAGACAAGAUUUGUCAAAGAAUUAGGAAAAAGUUUCUAAAGUUUAGUAAGAAGAAUCGUAAAGCUAGUGAACGAAAUAGUGAUACACAUAAAGAUAGUAGUCAUGAUGGUUUGAAAGACUUAGGUGAAAGCAUUACUCCGUCGUUACCCAUCGAAUGUCUUCAUGAAAUAUUCCAUUACAUCCAAUAUGACCUUCGCACCCUCAACGCAUGCUUACAGGUCUCCAAGUUGUGGUGCUACAUUGCAGUUUCUGUCUUUUGGUGCAAACCUUUUCGCUCUUCAAGAUGUUCGUCACAAAUAGUGGAUACUUUUUUGAAGUGCUUGAACAAACACGAAAAACUUAAUUUAGAAUACGGUGGAAUAUAUUUAGGGGAAUGCAAAUCUUGGAAGACAAUGUUUCAAUAUGCCGACUUUUUGGAUGAGAUUAGCAUGCAGGGACUGUAUACGGCUGCCGGUGCCUGGAUUGAAAGGACUCAGGACACCACGAAUAAAUCUCAAAUAGCGAACGGACAAAAUCUGAUCUGCCGCGCAUUGUGCCGUCUCUUCAUAACCCGCUGUCAAUUUAUCCACUCUUUGUCCCUUGAUUUCUCCUUCUCUGCAAAAUUCAGGUCCUAUCCAUACUUUUUCUACCAUUCCGACGCCUCCAAAUUCCUCUCAAACCUUCGAGACCUUACCAUAUCCAACAUAUCCUCCCGUGAUCUCUUCGCUGACAUUGGCAGAUACUGCAAGAACCUAAAAAGGCUUGAACUUAUAGACUACACUUUUAGCAAUCUUCCAGGAAAAAGACAUGAUUCCGCGAGAGAGUUGAUCAAAUCUCAAGUGGGAUUACAGCAUUGUAAGAUAUUUGGGUAUGGCGAGAGUGUCGUGAAACCAAUAACAGGAUUAAAAAGUCAAGCAAAGACACUGGUAUACUUUGAAUUGAUUUAUUGCAAGUUUUAUGACUCUCACGAAGGCGGCGGAAACAACGACUACAGUCUGGAUAAUAGUGAAGAUCACGAAAGCGUUAAUGCAUUCAGGUCGUUAUCCGCCUGCACCAAUCUCGAAUCUCUAAUAAUAUCCGAUUGCUACUUCUCCCGAGAAUCAAUCCUGUUUCCAUUGACCACCAGCAGGUUCUUUCAACUACGUAAACUCCAUUUUCGACGGCUAUCUUGUAAUCUCUCCACCACCUUCAUCCAAAUGCUGAAAGCGAAUCAUCAUUCUCUGCGUGAUAUUCACUAUACAGAUGAAGUUACCAGUAGAUCCACUCCAUACAUUUUGGAAUCAGUGGCAACAUAUUGUACGUCACAUCUCUUAACUCACAUCGCAGUUCCCUUUAAAAAUGAGCAAACACGUCAAUUGGCUUCGCUUCUGGCCCAAAACAAAAAUCUCGUAUCCCUAAAGCUCUCUGGACCGUACGGACACGAGAGGAAGUUCAAGGACUUCUUGCCGCAACUGGGUGAAUUGCUACCUCCAAGUAUGAAGCAUAUAAGUCUGGAUUUGAAUUGGGUAAUAUUUGACACGUUGGAUGGAUUCCUAAAGAGUUAUAAGUCAGAUUUGAAAAGUUUUUUUAUAAGUGGAUGGAGAAGACGGAUUCCGGAUGUGCAUGUGAACGUAAUCCAAAAUUAUCUGAAGGAACGACAGAUGAAAGUGAGUUUGCAUGAUUUUAUUAGGGAUAUCAUUUGA